UAUUUCAAUAAGAGCAACUAUUUGAAAUCCAACGUCUACAUUUUAUGGUUUUUAAGUUUUAAGAUUGAGAAAUCAGAAAAAUAUUAAUAAACCUAGAUCUGAGAAUGAACAAAAAGACAAAAUCUGGCAAGUUAAGUCGAAGUCAAGGAAAUAUUCUUUCUUUUUGUUCAACUCGUACUGCAGAAGAUUUGCUUAGAAGCAAAGAUGGUUUAAAACAAGGAAAAAUUGAUCCUUUUAUGAAGAGUAAGAACUCCCCAGGUUUUUACCUCAAAUCGAAACGGAAAACCGAAACAUCAUCAAGUGAAAUGUCCAGCAGUCCUGCCAAGAGGACAAAAGUUCUUUCAAAUAUAGAGGAGAAAAAUAUCAUCUCUCAAGAUGCAGAACUGGUGGAAAUAGCUUCUGUUAGUUCUUGUGGGUCGUCUCAAUAUUGUACAGCACCAGAAUGCACAAGUGACAUAGAAAAUUCACCAUGUUUGGAAAACUGCAACAAUACUUCUGAAAAUGGUUCAAAACAUCCAACUAGAUACAGUCCAGUUCUGCACAAGCCUUUAAAAAGAAAACAACAGAAAAUAAAAGAAAAAGAAAAGGAUGAAAAUGUAAUUACAGAAGCUCAGCAAGAAGAUGUUGGUUUAAAAACAAAACCGAUUCCAAAUAAACAGCUAUCCGAAGAAAAAGCUGUUUUUUGCACAAAAGAAUCUUCACACAAAACCUCCACUAAAGAAACAAAUCCAAAUACACAACUAUCCACAGAAAAGGCCAUUUUUUGUCCAAAAAAAUCUCCAUGCAUUACCCCAGCAACAGCGAGGAAUGCAACUUCAAUGAGCUGUAUAACCAAAGAGGUCGAUCCAUCUAAAGAAGUUGCCACUAAUGAUUAUGAAUGGGAGGAUGAUCUUGAUUUAUUGAAAGCAUUUGAGGAAGAGGAAACAUCUACAAGUGAAAGCAAGGUUAACACAAGUUUUGAAAAUGAACUUCAUUACUUGAGGCAUAAAGUUGUGGAUGUGUCGUCUUCUCAUGAAGGGGGGUUUCUCACAAAGACAAUUACAGUUGAGAAUACAAAAAGUAAACAACAACACCAAGUGAUACUUAAACAUGAAUGGGCAGAAAGCAACCUUGAUUCAGGUGAUAUUAUAAACCUUGUUCCCAACCAAGAGUCUGCUGAACCAUGUACAGUUAUUGAUGGUAAAACUAACUUAUUGGUUCACCACCCCGACACACUUAUAAGUGGUACAACCGUGUCAAACAGUCUUGGGUGUCUCCGCAGAGCUGUUCUAUCUGAACGUUUUAAGAACACUGAAAUUGCUACAGACCCCAAUAAUGUUAGUUCAGUCAUGUUGGUUGGGACAAUUGUCCAUUAUAUAUUCCAAACUGCUAUCAAGUUAAAACCUCCAGUUGCAAAGGAAAUAUUGUUAAAUGUUGCAAAGGAUGCCGUGUAUUCUAGGAAAUACUUUGCUGAUAUGCUUGCAAUGAACACAGAUCCCAAAGCAGUGUUGACCCAAGUAGAAAACUACCUUCCCCAAAUUGAAUCUUGGAUUAAAGAUUUCAGGGUUGGCAAGCCAUGUGCUGGCAACACUGUCAACUUCCAGUUACCGACUUCAGCUGCUCCAAACCGGUUCAAACCAGUUAGGGGAUCAACAUUAAGAUAUGAUGCAAAUGUUGCACUGACAGAGGUAAAAGACAUAGAAGAGAAUGUAUGGUCACCCAGGUAUGGACUUAAGGGCAAAAUAGAUCUUACUGGCAAUUUUAAAAUCACUGACAAGAAAACUCGAACCACUGAAAAUACCGUUUUGCCCCUUGAACUAAAAACGGGGAAAGAUAGUCAUUCCAUGGAACAUCAUGUACAGGUUUCAAUAUACACCAUGUUUUGCAACGAAAGAAGAAACAAACAUGGUGUCCCACUCAUAUCACUACCAGCAGGACUUCUUCUUUAUCUGAAAAACCUCAAAACAAGUUGUGUUCCACUUAAACCAGUGGACAGUAGUGGUUUAAUGAUGCUGAGAAAUAAGGUUGCUCACUCCAUCACAAAAACCAUCAUGAAAAGCAACGCCAACUCUUUUGAGGAAUUUUCCACUCAAUCUUUCCCACCAACAAUUGAUAAUGACCGAACAUGCAGGAACUGUUCACAACUACGUAACUGUGCACUUGUAUAUAAAACCGUUGACGAAUCACAAGGGAGAUACCGACCCUCAUCCGAGUUGUUCAUUAUGAUGAGUCAGCUUUUCAGCCACCUCACGGAUGCUGACUUAGCAUAUUUUCGCCACUGGAUGACUUGCACUUUUUUGGAGGAGCAAGCUGCAAAUAAAAAGGAUAAACAAAAACGAUUUUGGCUAAAAACUCCACAAGAAAGAUUUGACGAGGGCAAAUGCAUCACCGGUCUAAAACUAGGGGGAUCCUCGGUACCCAAACCAGAGCUGGCUGACAUGUUCGUUCAAGCUUUUAAAAGAUCAGAUAACGGAAAAGAAAAUAUGUUCAAAGUUGGUGACUUAGUGUUGGUGAAUGGAAAUGAACCAAGUCAUAUUGCCAUUGCUACUGGGACCAUUCAUUCUAUCAACAAGUCAUUUAUUUCCAUUAUUACUGACAGAGAUUUUUCCGGCUACGAUUCUGACAUGAUCUACAGUAUUGACAACCAUAUUUGGUUGGGAGCAAUAUCCACCCAAAGUUCGUUAAGUAACUUGUCUCUGCUCAUGUCGAAUGAAACUCAAUGCAACAAACUGAGGCACUUGAUCAUUAUGCAUAGGGAUCCAUUUUUUGCCAAAAACUUGGAUUUUAUUCCCCGUUCUUCUAAAAAUGAGAUUGCUCAGAUGCUUAGGGGGUUAAAUAAAACACAGAGACAAGCUAUUAAGAGGGUGCUUAUAUCUAAGGAUUAUACACUUGUUGUUGGUAUGCCUGGCAGUGGUAAAACAACCACUAUCGUUGCUAUGAUCAGGAUAUUGCUUUUAUGUGGUUUACGAGUACUAGUAACCUCAUACACUCACUCUGCUGUUGAUAAUCUUUUACUCAAACUUAUAAAGUAUAAGACCAGGUUUUUACGUUUGGGUCGGCCAAACCAAGUUCACCCCAAUGUCCUGCCAUACACUGAAGCGGUUUUGUCACAAAACCUAAAAUCACCCACAGAACUUCAGAAACUAUAUGAUGAAUAUCGUGUAGUGGGUUGCACAUGCUUGUCCGUCACCUCACACAUAUUUUUUGCCAUCCCGGGGCAAAAUCGACCAAUUUUUGACGUUUGUAUCGUGGACGAAGCAUCCCAGAUUGCGCAACCUGCCUGCCUAGCUCCUCUCUUUCACUCGGAACGUUUCGUUCUUGUUGGAGACCAUCUGCAACUUCCACCACUUGUAGUCAGCCAAGAGGCAAAGAAAAUGGGAGCUGAUGAGAGUCUGUUCAGAAGACUAACUUCACACAAACCGGCUCUGUGUGAACUUACACUGCAAUAUAGAAUGAACAAGGAGAUCAUGGCAUUAAGCAACCAUGUAACUUACGAGGGAAGGCUUGAGUGUGCGCAUCCUACAGUGGCUGAAGCGACAGUUAAACUCGAUAAUUAUGACUUGGUAAAAAGCAUGUUGCCCGAUACUGACAUCGAGUGGCUGUUACGUACUAUUGAUCCGAAGACGUCGGUAAUAUUUCUAGAUACAUCUAAGAGAGAGGCAUAUGAAUCAGAAGUUGAACACGGUAUACAGAACAUGUAUGAAGCCACCAUUGUAACUACUAUAGCUCAGUGGCUGAUUAAGGCAGGUUGCUCACCAAGUAAAAUUGGAAUUAUUGCUCCGUUUCGUAAACAGCUGCGGGCAAUUGAGGAAAAAAUGAAUUCAAUUGAAGAAAACACGACAUUGGUGGAAAUAAACACAGUGGAUAAAUACCAAGGAAGGGACAAAAGUGUUAUCCUGCUCUCAUUUGUAAGAAGCAAAAAAGAACCACUUGCAGAAAAGAAAGGGGAGUUGUUGAAUGACUGGAGGCGUUUGAAUGUUGGUAUUACUCGAGCCAAGCACAAGUUGGUAAUGGUCGGCUGUACACGCAGUUUAUUGGAGUACGAGCCGUGCAAGAAGAUAAUUGAAUAUGUGCAAUCCAACAGCUUACUACAUUUUAUAUAACUUACACACUUUUUUUAUUUGAUGUUUUUCACUGAUUUUUUUGUCACAUUUUCAUCAGGCUUUGUUUGCACCUUUUAUAAUAGUGACAUUUGUUUUGCAAAUCUUUUACACUUUUGUAUGUUCUUAAAAAAGUUGGUGUAAUUUUAUAUAUAAUCUGUUUUCUUUUUCUUUGAAAAAAACCUAUAUUUCACCAUGACAAUUUUCUACUGUUUUUACCGCAUCCACUUUUGUCAAAACAUUUCUGACUAAUUUUUUAUUUUCUCUUUGAUUUGAACGCCAAUCUUUUCAAUAAAAUUAUAUUUCAGAUGAA